AUGUCUCCUCUCGCCGAGUUCCCCCCGCCUCCUCUCGCCAAGUUCCCCCUGUCUCCUCUCGCCGAGUUCCCCCCGCCUCCUCUCGCCAAGUUCCCCCAGCCCCCUCUCGCCAAGUUCCCCCCGCCUCCGCCUCCUCUCGCCAAGUUCCCCCAGCCCCCUCUCGCCGAGUUCCCCCUGCCCCCUCUCGCCGAGUUCCCCCUGUCUCCUCUCGCCGAGUUCCCCCCGCCUCCUCUCGCCAAGUUCCCCCAGCCCCCUCUCGCCAAGUUCCCCCGCCUCCGCCUCCUCUCGCCAAUUCCCCCGCCUCCGCCUCCUCUCGCCAAGUUCCCCCAGCCCCCUCUCGCCGAGUUCCCCCUGCCCCCUCUCGCCGAGUUGCCCCAGCCCCCUCUCGCCGAGUUCCCCCAGCCCCCUCUCGCCGAUAUCCCCUGCCCCCUCUCGCCGAGUUCCCCCUGCCCCCUCGCCGAGUUCCCCCAGCCCCCUCUCGCCGAGUUCCCCCAGUCCCCUCUCGCCGUGUUCCCCCAGCCCCCUCUCGCCGAGUUCCCUCAGCCCCCUCUCGCCGUGUUCCCCCUGCCCCCUCUCGCCGAGUUCCCCCAGACGACUCUCGCCGAGUUCCCCCUGCCCCCUCUCGCCGAGUUCCCCCUGCCCCCUCUCGCCGAGUUCCCCCCGCCCCCUCUCGCCGAGUUCCCCCCCGCCUCCUCUCGCCGAGUUCCCCCGCCCCCUCUCGCCGAGUUCCCCCUGCCCCCUCUCGCCGAGUUCCCCCAGUUCCCCCUGCCCCCUCUCGCCGAGUUGACCCAGCCCCCUCUCGCCGAGUUCCCCCUGCCCCCUCUCGCCGAGUUCCCCCAGCCCCCUCUCGCCGAGUUCCCCCAGCCCCCUCUCGCCGAGUUCCCCCAGCCCCCUCUUGCCGAGUUCCCCCUGCCCCCUCUGGCCAAGGUGUUCCAUGACUGA